AUGAUGUUAUAUAAGCUUGUUGUGCUCGGGGAUGGUGGUGUUGGAAAGUGUGCUCUCACAAUUCAAUUAUGCCUAAAUCAUUUUACAUACGAUCCAACAAUUGAAGACUCAUAUCGAAAACAAGUUAUCAUUGAUGACGAGCCCUGUGUAUUAGAAGUACUGGAUACCGCUGGACAAGAGGAAUAUACUGCUUUACGAGAUCAGUGGAUUAGAGAUGGAGAAGGGUUUCUUUUGGUCUAUUCUAUAUCUUCACGUUCAACAUUUGAACGGGUAGAACGAUUUCGAGAUCAAAUCACUCGCGUAAAGGAUACUGAUAAUGUUCCACUUAUGCUUGUUGGUAAUAAAUGUGACAAAAUCACUGAGCGUGAAGUUUCGAGAGAAGAAGGGAUGAAUAUGGCAAGGAAACUUAGAUGUGAAUUUAUUGAAAGUUCGGCUAAGACAUGUGUGAAUGUUGAAAGAGCAUUUUAUACAGUAGUUAGGAUGAUACGUGCAAAUAGGGAUGGUGGAUAUAGAAGAAAGAAAAAAAGAAUAAACAUAAGAAUUAAAAAGCCGAAAAGACCUAAUCCCAUAAUUUUUUUAAGAAAAAAGAAAAUGAAUUUUUCUAGAUUACUUAGCUAA